AUGGACAUCGAUUCCUCCCGCCGAAACAAGAGACCCCGACCUCUUUUGGACGAGGAGAAGGAAAAGUUGGUGAGUUUCAUCGACAAGAUACAUUAUUCAGCCAGAUACUCCGAUAACGAGUUUGAGUAUCGCCAUGUCCAGUUACCGAAAAACAUGUUGAAAGAGAUUCCUCCUGAAUAUUUCGACCAAUCCAAGGGUACUCUUAAGCUUCUAUGGGAGGAAGAGUGGCGAGGGCUGGGAAUCACACAGAGCUUAGGAUGGGAACACUACGAAGUUCACGAACCUGAACCGCACAUUCUUUUAUUUAAGCGCCCGAUAAAUUAUCAACUCCCAGCUCAGUGA